CCAAUACAAUCCAAAUCCACAAAAACAAGCGUCAAUAAACGUUGUGGAGUGGUGUCCAUCUAACCGUUUGUGGUGUUUUGCGGGGUAUUUUUAAAGUGAACUUCAUCACAUGUAAAUAAUCUCUAUCGUGGAAGCAUCCCAAUUCCCUUCACCAUGAAGAUCACCCCUGAAAUGCUAAACGAGGAGGAUGACCAACCAUACGAAGAAGAGAUUGAACGUAAUCCUUUUUCGGUCAAACACUGGAUGAGAUACAUUGAGCACAAAAAAGACGAACCGAAAGAUGUCAUCAACACAAUUUACGAACGAGCACUGAAAGAACUUCCUGGGAGCUACAAGAUCUGGUACAGCUACCUGAGGCUGCGAUUGAAACAAGUUCGGGACCUUUGCAUAACGGAUCCCGCUUAUGAAGAAGUGAAUGGAACAUUCGAAAAAUCCCUCGUAUUCAUGCAUAAGAUGCCUCGCAUAUGGAUGGAUUACUGCAAGUUCCUCACGCAACAGCAGAAGAUCACGCGCACACGGAAAGUUUUUGAUCGUGCAUUGCGGGCGUUGCCGAUCACACAACAUCAUCGUAUAUGGCCACUGUAUUUAGAAUUCGUGAACAUGCACAACAUCAAGGAGACUGCAGUCAGAGUUUACAGACGAUAUCUGAAGCUUUGCCCCGAGAAUGCGGAGGAGUUUGUAGAAUACCUGAAGAAAGUUGGGAAGCUCGAUGAUGCUGCAGUGUUGAUGGCCGACAUUGUCAACAAGGAAGACUUUGUGUCGAAAGAAGGGAAGUCGAAGCAUCAGCUUUGGAACGAACUCUGCGAUUUGAUCUCAAAGAAUCCGGAUAAAGUGCACUCCCUCAAAGUGGACGCCAUCAUUCGCGGAGGUCUUAGGAGGUACACGGAUCAGAUUGGUCAGCUGUGGAAUUCCCUCGCGGACUACUACAUCAGAGCUGGACUGUUUGAAAGGGCAAGGGAUAUUUAUGAAGAAGCCGUCAGAACAGUACUCACUGUCAGGGACUUCACUCAGGUGUUCGAUGCGUUUGCCCAAUUUGAAGAAAGCAUCCUCUGUGCAAAAAUGGAACAGACUAGCAAAGCUCGGCCAACUGAAGAAGACGACUUGGAUCUGGAGCUGCGUUUGGCGAGGUUUGAAGACCUGAUGGAUCGGAGACCUCUGCUUUUAAACAGCGUUUUGCUCCGCCAGAACCCUCACAACGUCCACGAGUGGCUAAAGAGAGUAAAGUUACUCGAGGGCAAACCGCGGGAGAUCAUCAACACCUUCACGGAAGCUGUCCAAACCAUAGACCCAAAGCUAGCAACCGGGAAGCUUCCCAGCUUGUGGGUGGCCUUUGCCAAGUUCUACGAGGAAAAUGAACAAAUUGAGGAUGCACGCAUCAUCUUGGAGAAAGCGACGCAAGUCCCGUACACCAAGGUGGAAGAUCUUGCCCACAUCUGGUGUGAAUGGGCAGAGAUGGAGCUUCGGCACGAGAAUCACGAAGGGGCUCUGAAGUUGAUGCGGAGAGCCACUGCCGUUCCAUCCCGUAAAGUUGCCUAUCACGACCAGAACGAACCUGUCCAAUUUAGAGUGUACAAAUCGCUCAAAGUUUGGUCCCUGUAUGCAGAUCUGGAAGAAAGCUUUGGAACAUUUAAGACCGCAAAAGCAGUCUACGAUCGUAUCAUCGACUUGAGGAUAGCGACACCGCAGAUCAUCAUCAACUAUGGCUUGUUCUUGGAGGAAAACAACUACUAUGAAGACGCAUUCAAGGCCUACGAGAAAGGAAUAGCACUUUUCAAGUGGCCCAACGUCUUUGACAUCUGGAACACAUACCUCACAAAGUUUCUCAAGCGCUACAACAGUCUCAAUUCCAACGGAGGCAGUAAGCUGGAGCGGGCGAGAGAUCUCUUCGAGCAGUGUCUGGAAGGCUGUCCCGCAAAAUACGCGAAAGCCCUGUACCUGUUGUAUGCGAAGUUGGAAGAAGAACACGGUCUUGCCCGACAUGCCAUGGCCAUCUACGACCGCGGUUGCAAGGCGGUGCUUCCGGAAGAACAGUUUGAGAUGUUCAACGUGUACAUCCGCAAGGCAGCAGAAAUCUACGGACUGACUCACACGAGGCAGAUCUACGAGCAGGCAAUCGAAGUCCUCCAGGACGACAAAGCCCGAGACAUGUGCCUGCGUUUCGCGGAGCUCGAGAGGAAGCUCGGAGAGAUCGACCGCGCUCGGGCGAUCUACGCUCACUGUAGCCAGAUAUGCGAUCCACGUACGACGUCCAACUUCUGGAACACGUGGAAAGAGUUUGAGGUGCACCACGGGAACGAAGACACGGUGAGAGAGAUGUUGAGGAUCAAGAGGAGCGUCCAGGCAACGUACAACACUCAGGUCAACUUCAUGACAGCGCAAAUGCUCAGUGCUACGGCACGGGAAGCUGCAGCCAAUGCUGGAACAGAAGAGCCAAAGGACACCAUGAAACAGCUAGAGGCAGCAGCAAGAGUAUUGGCUGAGGAAGCCAGAAAACCCGGAAAGGAUAUUCUCUUUGUGAGAGGUGGCACCACUGCAGAUGAAGACAACCUGGCAGAGAGAAGCAGAACAGCAAACCCAGACGAGAUCAACAUCGACGAUGACGACGAAUCGGAUGACGACCAAAGGGUAGAAGAAGUGGCUGUUGAGCAGAGGCUGGUUCCCGAGGAAGUGUUUGGAGACCUGAAGAAAUCAUCCGAAACUGCUUGAGUUGUUGCUGAGCUGUGUAGUAAACAUGUUUUUCAAAUUUUU